AUGUCACGAUCGCUCACGAUUCUCACGCCAGAUGGCGGUCUGGUCGCUACACGUCUAUCUACUCCAGCUCUAAUUUGUGCAAUGGUAGAGACAUUAAAGAUGAAGGACAAGAACAAAAAAGUAGAAUGCUUUUUGCGUUCUAAAGGAUCGGAAACAUCGGAGAUAUCUCCUCAGGCAAUUCCCCUGCGUCGCCGUACUCGUUGGGGUCCUCUGGUACCAAAUAUCGUGACAAUCCCCAACCCAUGUCACCAACCCAUGUCUACCACCCAGCCGGAUGAGAACCCGUCUCCGGGGGCAUGUACGGAGAGAGAAGUUACGGUCAACACCCAACGUUUCCGCUUUAUUCCUAGAGUUGUAGCACGGAAACUAGGUGUAGCUAAGCGUCAGACGGAAACGACGGUUGUGAUUUCGUACCAACCGGUGCCCCAAACUCAACAGGACGGGAACCGGUGUCUGGUGACGCCGAUGCAACAGACGGCCAAACGGCCGAUUGCGGAGCGUUGUCUGAUCGAACCCAAGCGUGUACCGUUACCGAAAAAGAAACGGUGCUUGGUGAUCCCUGAUCGCCUGCCAUAAAAAUAGGUGACCUUAAAUGGAGAUAGUGAAGUUGGGCGGAGAUCGAAUGAUAUCUAAUAAUAAACGUCAGUUAAUUUAA